UUUUAGUUUAUUUUAAGACGCCAUUUCGAUCGAAAGCGUCCGCUUGCUCUCGCAGUAUUGUAUUUAGAGUGAAAGGCGCGGCCAUUAGAUUAGAUCGACAUUAGUGCGUUCCGAUCGCAGAUCGCAGUAAUAGUAGGAGAAGUAAACAAACACUCGCGUAUUUACAUAAUUAAGAUCAAAUUAACAUCGACAACAUGACGAACACCGAUGUGCGAAAGAGAAAACUGGCCACGGACGAGAAACCGCCUCGGCGGAAAAGCAGUGGAUCCCCAAAUGCCGGCAGUGGUGGAAGUCGCGGUCCCAGCGGCCUUAAAAUCUCCUUCUUGUGUCUGGUCGUCUCCGUCAUCCUGCUGCUCUUUGUGUUUGGUGUGUAUCAUUUGUAUUAUGUAAAAGAUGAAGUCCCCAAAGUUGUACUAACAAAACCUGAUUUUCCCACUGUUACUGUGCGCUACGCCAACGUGGAACCCCAUUUUCCCCCUCCUGUUCGCGGUGUUGUCACUAAAAAACCAACAAACAAAAAUCCAACCACUGGUGAUGAUGCAGGCUUUGUCUCCGAGAAUGCCAGCCCUUAUUUGGCCCGUCUGGCCUCCAAGUUUGGUUACAGCAAGGUGCAAUAUGCUGCCAUCAUCGAUGCAGGAUCCACGGGCAGCCGUGUGCUGGCCUACAAGUUCAAUCGCAGUUUUAUCGACAACAAACUGGUGCUGUACGAGGAGCUGUUCAAGGAGCGCAAGCCGGGUUUGAGCUCCUUUGCUGAUAAUCCCGCUGAGGGUGCCCACUCCAUCAAAUUGCUGCUGGAUGAGGCCCGAGCCUUUAUACCCAAGGAGCACUGGUCGUCCACACCGUUGGUUCUGAAGGCUACGGCCGGUUUGCGUCUUCUACCCGCCAGCAAAGCAGAAAAUAUUCUAAAUGCCGUCCGAGAUCUCUUUGCCAAGUCCGAGUUUAGUGUGGAUAUGGAUGCCGUGGAAAUCAUGGAUGGUACGGACGAGGGCAUCUUCAGUUGGUUCACCGUAAACUUCCUGUUGGGCCGCCUUUCAAAGACCAAUCAGGCAGCUGCCCUGGACUUGGGUGGUGGCAGCACUCAGGUAACUUUUUCGCCAACGGAUCCGGAACAGGUUCCAGUGUACGAUAAGUACAUGCACGAGGUGGUAACCUCCAGCAAAAAGAUCAAUGUGUUCACGCACAGUUAUCUGGGUCUCGGACUGAUGGCAGCCCGUCAUGCCGUCUUUACGCAUGGCUACAAGAAGGAGGAUAAUGUGCUGGAGAGUGUCUGCGUUAAUCCCAUAAUCGCCAAUCGUACGUGGACGUACGGAAAUGUGCAAUACAAGGUCAGUGGUAAGGAGAACGGCAAGUCCAGUGCCGAGCAACCCAUUGUAGACUUUGAUGCCUGUUUGGAGUUGGUCAAGAGCAAGGUGAUGCCUCUGGUCAAGCCCAAGCCUUUCACCCUCAAGCAACAUGCAGUGGCUGCGUUCAGCUACUACUUUGAGCGUGCCAUCGAGUCGGGUCUAGUGGAUCCGUUGGCUGGCGGCGAGACCACUGUGGAGGCUUAUCGCAAGAAGGCCCAAGAAAUCUGCGCCAUCCCCAACGACGAGCAGCCCUUCAUGUGCUUUGACCUCACAUUUAUCUCAACUCUGCUGCGCGAAGGAUUUGGCCUCAACGACGGCAAGAAAAUUAAGCUUUACAAGAAGAUAGAUGGCCACGAAAUCUCCUGGGCCUUGGGCUGUGCAUAUAAUGUUCUGACUAGCGAUGAAAAAUUCAGUAAUUCCUAAUGCUCCUCCAUUAGUCCGUAGUUGAUGAAGUAAAUUUUAAAAAGAUUGUUAGCUGAAAUUGUUUAUAGAGUGCCUUAGACGUGCAUCGAGUAUACUACAAUCACAAAAAACCACACUCACAAGACACCAACACCCAAAAACACUCGGACAUUGCCUACAUAUGUGGUCGAUUAAUAUUUGUUUGUGCUCUGUAAAAUUCGUUUCAAUUGGCUCUAAUUGAAGCUAUCCCACACGGUGACUACACUUAGCGCUUAGUUUGUAAUUCCAAUUUUGUGUGAUUUCCCAUUUGAGUAAUGCAAUUUUUUGCCAAGUUCUUAACUAUUUAGUCUAUACACAGGUAUCCUCAUGUACAUAAAUUUACACAUUGAUAUGUAUUUACCUAAUAUCUUUAACGUCCUAGACUAUUAGCGCAAACAUUUCAAUUUGUUUUUCACAUAUGCAAAUGUUAGUUUAAUUAUUUUUGCAAAUAAAUCAAAUGUUAACUUA